AGAUAGUAUAACACCUACCUAGACCAAGUCUAUCGUCAGGCCUCCUUUUGUAGAUGCUGAUGAUCCUUGGUAUACUGGACUUACCAUUCAACUCUUAUGCAACGUGACUGCCACGGCGGGUAUUGCUAUAUAGAAGCAAACGAUGGAUCUGAACAAGCCGCGCUCAUUUUCCCAACUGCUUGCGCCGACGACUAUCGCUCAUCACCGCCAGAGAGGCUUGUGAUGUCUCCCACAUCACCUGCGCACUCAGCUACCUCUGGACACACUACCAUAGCUGCGCUUCACCUACGCGAUGCCAAAGACGCGCACAUCGUGUUUGAGGCCGUCCGCCUCAACCUGCUCCCUCUGAUUACUCGAAGAUUGACUGCGGCCGAGCGUGAGCAACUAUGCUCUGGGAACGUUUUCGUCUGGGAGGAAGCAGAACACAAGCAAGGUGGACUGGAACGUUGGACAGAUGGCAGGAGAUGGUCUCAGAGCAGGAUGCGAGGCGAUUACCUCUUCUACGAGGAGAAGAUAGAGACAACACCAGAGGAGAAGGCCGCCAAAGCCGCUCGUCGAGCACGCAGGACGUUAGACCCAUUCAACUAUCAGCCAGCCCCAACGCGACAAGACCGCCCGUCCAAACCAGAUGGUCUGACCAAGCAGACGUAUUCUACGCACGUCUAUAAUCAGGCGUCUGAACCGAGGAAAUGGCACGUUGUGGCAUACUUCUGUGGCGACGACUAUACCCGCCUCCCGGUUAUCGAAGACUAUGACUUUCUUCGAGACCUCUGCAUCCCCGAUGGUAUAUUCUCCUCACCUCGAGGCAAUCCCACAAGAGUGAAUCGCGCACACAGCGGAAUAGACAAUGAGGAUUAUAUUCGAAGCGAUGGCCAGUGGGCAAAGGUCCCAUGGUCGCUUUCAUCGCCGGCAUCGGUCACAUCGCCGAUUGACAGACCGGAGUCUUCGUCGUCGUCGUCGUCGUCAUCGACAGUCCUAACCUCUUCCAGUGAAUCGACCGUCUCACAUCACGACACCGGAAGCGCAUUGCCUCGUCUCUCCAAUGUCCUGUCUCCACACCACCUCAGCAUACCUCUAUCACGCGGCCUUCCAAGUCCUUCUGGUCCGCCAAGUCCGACCUACAAUGCGCUGACCUCCGAGGACCGGCGAGCGUUGAGUAGUUUUCGGGUCAUUUUGUAACGUCAUGGCACAUGUGUUUGGACCACAAGCGGCAUCUUCAGGGAUUUUCUUGGGUCAGUGGUGGACAGGUCUCAUGGUCAUGGGUUCUGUCGUCAUCAUUGUGUAGUUGUAACUCUAUCUAUCUUGUCCCGGCACAAUGGAGUGCAGGCUGGCGUUUCAUGAAAUGCGGCAUCGGCUGCAGCGCUACGGCCAUGCACAUGUUCAACGUGGGUAUAAUGGAUUAAUUGAAACGUGCGCAUGUGUUCCCGGUGUCUCAGCGGCUCUGCAAGCGAUCAAAAUGCGCGAGUGUGCAGGUUUCACGUAUGAUAGACACGCAGCAUAGACACGCAGCAAUUCCAGCAAGUUCGAAAAAGAGUAAUCGCCCCAAC